AUGAUGACCAUGUCAAAUAAUUCUUUUGUUACCCAAUUCAUCAUCAUUGGCUUUCCUGAGCUCAAUAAUGCUCAAGGACCUUUGUUCAUCCUUCUAAGUAUUGUCUAUAUUUUCACACUUAAUGGUAAUGCUACAGUUUUCUUUCUCAUUUGCAGUCAUCAAAAACUUCAUGUUCCUCUUUAUAUUUUUGUAGCUAUACUUUCCUUUCUGGAAAUCUGGUACACAACCGUUACCAUACCCAAAAUGCUGACAAACUUGCUGAAUGAUAAGCUGAUCUCCUAUAUUGGCUGUCUGUUGCAAAUCUAUUUUCUUCAUUGUUUAGGUAUCACGGAAACCUUUCUUCUUACAGCAAUGGCCUUUGACCGCUACCAGGCCAUAUGCAAUCCACUAAGGUACCCAUCCAUAAUGACUAUUCCAUGUUGUUUAAAGAUGGCAGCUCUUUGCUGGGUCAUAGGAAUUAUUACAGCUUUAACCCAAACCAUCUUGCUAUCUCAUCUUUCCUACUGUGAUUCAAACAAAGUUGAUCAUAUUUUCUGUGACUCAACUCCACUGAUGAAUUUGUCAUGUUCUGACACUUCACUAAAUGUCAAGGUAGACUUCACCAUCAACUCAUUCCUUAUAUGCAUAGCUUUCUCAUGCAUCAUGUUAUCAUAUAUCAAAAUAAUUUCUGCUGUGUUAAAAAUAAAGACUACAGAAGGCAGGAAAAAGGCUUUUUCUACUUGUGGAGCUCAUCUCACUGUGGUCUUACUUUUUUUUGGCAGUGUAACUUUUAUGUAUGUCAGACUAACCAAAAAUACCUCUGGUAACUAUGAUCGUGUCAUGGCUGUGAUUUAUACAGUGUUAACCCCAAUGUGUAAUCCAGUCAUUUACAGCCUAAGGAAUCGUGAAAUAAGAGAACUAUUUAGGAAAAAGUUUAAUUCAUUUUUUAGUGUUUUAUUUUGA